AUGGACUGGAAGACGUUAGAGGCCCUGCUUAGCGGGGUCAAUAAGUAUUCCACUGUAUUUGGACGCAUCUGGCUCUCCGUGGUCUUUGUGUUUCGAGUCAUGGUCUUCGUCGUGGCCGCAGAACGCGUCUGGAGUGACGAUCAGAAAGACUUUGAUUGCAACACCCGCCAACCCGGCUGCGCCAACGCCUGUUACGACCACUUCUUCCCUGUCUCUCACACCCGGCUCUGGGCCCUUCAGCUCAUCUUCAUCACCUGUCCCUCUUUCAUGGUCGUGUUGCACGUGGCGUACCGCGAGGAACGCGAGCGCAAGUACCGCAUCACGCACGGCGAGAACGCCCGUCUCUACGACAACACAGGACAGAAGCACGGAGGACUCUGGUGGACGUAUCUCCUCAGCCUCUUCUUCAAGACGGCCAUCGAGGUGGCGUUCCUCUACCUCCUGCAUCUCAUCUACAACAACUUUGACCUGCCGCGACGCGUCAUGUGCGACCUCUGGCCUUGUCCUAACCAGGUGGAUUGCUACAACAGCCGGCCCACAGAGAAAAGGGUGUUUACCUACUUCAUGGUAGGGGCGUCGGCUGUGUGUAUAGUGCUCAACGUGUGUGAGAUCUUUUACCUGAUAGCCAUCCGGGUGCUGAGGAUCAGUCAUCGGGGAAGCCUCCAUGCCUCCCCCAAGAAGAGGUGCUCUGAGCCGGACUGGGGUGGGUGUCAGACACCGGAGGCAGACUACCAGAAGGGCAACGAGGAGAAGAGUAGAUCUAUCUUUUAA